AAACACGACGCAGCGGGGUGCAAAAAGGAAAUUCAUUAAAUUUUUACAAACAAAACAAUAUAUUUUACAUGUGCAAUGUAAUGUAUAACAUGUGAAAUGAGCUAAGAUUCUUCCUGGCCUGUGCUAAGCGUUCACAAUAUGUUUGUGCUCAUGGGGCUGCUGAAGGUAAACACAAAUAUGAAGUGUGCACUGAAAAUGGGUGUUUGUUUGGAAAAUGCAGCAAAGGUUUAAACAAAUAAUACAUAAAAUGUAGCCAGGUGCUUUGCGUGUGUGUGACUAUAGUGGUGAGUGUGGUUGUGUGUUGUGUGUGCUUGAAUCAGUUUUGUUUUGCAGCUGCUCUAUAAAUAUUCGCACUCCACUGCGGCGAAACUAUAACUAAAUCGCUAUAACAAUCCGAGGUGUUUGGGAACCUUCUUCUUAAGCUAAAAAUUGUCGAAAAUCAAAUACCUAUCGUAGAAACAUUAACCCCUUACCCAAGUAAAUUAGCAGCUGGUGCCGGGUGCAGGAAGAUCUGUAAUAGACAUAAAACUAACACAGCAUGGUACGCAGUCGUCGCAGCCUAUCCAAGGAGGAUGCCGUCUCUGUGCUCACGGACAGCGGUAUAUCGCUGUCAUCGCCGCCGGCGGCUCGCGAUUUCUCGCCCGCUGCCACGGCCAUUAAGCGACGCAAAAGCAGCCUCAACAGUCUGCAAGAUUUGUAUGUGGAUGGAGAGCCCGAAGCCGAGCAGGACUCGACAGAUGCCGAUGCGGACUACAUUCAGCCCAAACCAAAGAAAUCACCACGCAAAGCAGAGUCCACCAAACGCAAGCAACACGUGUGCACCCAUUGCUCUAAGGAGUUUGGUGGCAAGACCGAUCUGCUGCGUCACAUGCUCAUCCACUCCGACGAGCGGCCACACAAAUGUACUGAGUGCGGCAAAUGCUAUCGACAGGCGGUGAAUCUUAAGAACCACAUCACCACCGCCCACGAGCACAAGAAACAGUUCGCUUGCAGCCAGUGCCCCAAAUCAUUUGCACUGAAGGAGCGCCUAAAACUGCAUAUGCGUUUGCAUUCGGGUGAGAAGCCAUAUCCAUGUGCACUCUGCGAGAAACGCUUCGCACGUGGCGGUCAACUGCAACAGCACAUGGUAUCCCAUCACAAGACGAGUAUUCAGCAAUUCAACUGCACCAAAUGCUCGGCCAGCUUUUCGACCAAUGCCAAUCUGCGCGUACACAUGGAACGACACGAGCAGGGAAUGGAGCACAGAUGCUCCAUAUGUGAAAAUCAGUUUGCUAAUGAAUUGGCACUGCGCGCUCAUAUCAAUCAGGAGCACCACAAGCUGAGUCAAUUUGAUUGUGAAAUUUGCCAUAAGACCAUCGAACCGGAUGAGGAUCUGGCCACGCAUAUGCAGAAACACGCCGCAGUCAAGACGCACGUCUGCGAGGUGUGCAAUUCGUAUUUCACCCAAAAGUCGCAAUACAAUGUGCAUAUGCGAAUGCACACGGGGGAGCGGCCAUAUCAGUGUCGGAUCUGUCAUCAAACGUUUGCCCACUCCAGCGUCCUAAAGCUGCACAUACGGAAACACACGGGUGAAAAGCCAUUUCGCUGCCAACUAUGUACGGAUGAGGUGGCCUUCUCGCAGCUAGCGCAUCUUAAGAAUCAUAUGAAAAAGAUACACAAACAGCAGAAGCCCUACAUGUGCCCUGGCUGCCAAGAGUUCUUUAAAAUCAAAGUGGAGCUGCAGGCGCAUGCCGAGCAGUGUGGCAAGUGUCAAGCAACAGAGGAGCCUAACGAUAGUCAAACAGAAGAUGCACAUACGCUUUCCAACAUUCGAUUCAAUAUUGCUGUUGUGCUGAAAAAGAUAAGCUCGGCACAGAAGCUGCGUCAGCUAGGUUAUGAGAAGCGUCUAAUUGAUAAUGUUAUAAUUGCAUCGCUCAAGCUGGCACAGCGUCCUUCACAUGACGAUGCGACGUUGACGCCUUUGGCUAGGCUGCGUUUAAAUGUGGAGGAGUUUCUCAAGUGGAUUGUGCCGGCGCAGACCAUGCAAAAGUUUAGCGAGGAGCUGCUCUCGAUCGAUACGAUACUCGACAAGAUUGCGACCAUGUACAUGAAGCAGAAGUAAAAAGCAACUAUUGCUCAUUGCUUCUGACCAAAGCGAUUGUGCCAUAGAGUAAACGCGCUUAGAAUUAGUUCUUGCCAUUUAAUUUAGCUUAAACCCAAAAAGUUAAAUAGACAAUUUUACCAAAUGAUUUAGUCCAAAGAUGUUAGGAUUUAAGCACCGAUACUUUGAAUUUACAUCAUAUUAGAUUUGCCUUUACCAAAAAAAAAAAAAAAAAUGUUAUUAAUAACACAUGAAAACACAUAAAGUGAUUAUGUUCCAUUAUACGAAAACUUGCCAAAGCAGUGCUUACCGCUUAGUUUUUACUUAAAGUUCAAUUUAAUUCAAUUCUUUGUGGCCAUACAUAUUUAUUUACAGAGUAGCAUAUGAGUCCACAUCAUUGUCGUUAGUUUAUAAUGUACAACCCUCAUUUACGAAACCAAAUAUAAACCAUUGUAUAAUCCCAAUAAUAGUUAAGUACUGUAAGUGUACAUGUUAAGAAGUGAAUACAAUUAGCAAGAUAAAAAAUAAAUGAAAUCACUUUAGAGUCAA